AUGACAGCCGCCUCUACGUCGAAGCGGUCGCGCGGCAUGCUCUCGACGGGACAGGACCACGAGGGCUUGAGUGCUGGCGUGUCGCCCGUCAAGUACCUCAACGCGUCGAUGAACCGCGCGAUGGACCCGAACGACUCCUGGAUGACGCACCCCAGCAGCGUGGAGCUCCGCACCGCCCAGACCAUCGAGGGCGUGAUCAAGGCCGGCUUCCUCGAGAAGCGCCGGCAGAAGGCGAGCCCGCACGGCGAGUGGCAGCGGCGGUACUUUUUCCUCCUCCCCGACCGGCUGUGCUACGCGCGCGAGCCCGACCCCCCCCCGGGGUCCCGCCUCAAGUACCUCCCGCUGGACAAGUUCCCGAUCCGCCCGCUCCCGCGCCAGUACAAGCCGCAGCCCGCGGUCACGCUCCUCGAGCGCCGGCUCGUCCCGGGCGCGUGGGAGCUGCACCCGACCAAGGCGGCCUUCUCGCUGACGUGCGGCGUGCACACGUACUUCCUGAUGGCCGAGAGCGACGCGGAGGCGCAGGCGUGGGUGCAGGCGAUCGGGGAGGCGUGGAUCAAGUGCGUGAAGCACUCGCUGCGGCACACGGAGGGGCGCGGGGAGGGGUGGAUGAGCAUGGUGGUGCCGCAGGACGACGGGGCGGCGGAGCGGUUCCGCGAGCAGCUCGAGGACGAGCAGCGGCGGCGGGCGGAGGCCGAGCGCGCGGCGGAGGAGGCGCGCCGGGACGCGGAGGCUGCGGCGCGGCGCGCGGCCGAGGCGGAGCAGCGGCAGCGGGAGCAGCAGCGCGCGCCGGCGGCACCCGCGGAGCCGCAGGUGGUGGAGGUGGUGCGCGAGGUGAUCAAGGAGGUGCCCGCGGCGCCGCCGGAGACGUUCCCGUACCGCGUGUCGAUCCGGACGGGGCGGCACGAGGACGCGGGGUUCAGCGGGCCGGCCGAGCUGGCGCUGGUGGGCGAUGCGGGCGCCAGCGAGUGGCACCGCGUCGACGGGCCGUUCCAGCGCGGGUGCGCGGCGAGCGAGAAGCUCGUGGAGCCGCGGCACCUCGGCAAGCUGCGCGAGCUCGCGCUCGAGCGCGGCCGCGGCGCGGGCGGCGGCGGGUGGCAGCUCGAGCGCGUCACGGUGUGGGACGUCAAGCACAACGAGAAGUUCGUGUUCGAGGGGCCGUUCUGGCUGCGGCCCCCGCGUGACGGCGAGGAGCGCGCGCAGCUGCGGAUCAACCCCGGCGCGCGCGGCGCCGCCGCGGACCGCCCCGCGACGACGUACGAGCUGGCGGUGCAGACGGGCGACGAGCAGGGCGCCGGGACGGACGCGGACGUGCACGCCGAGCUCGAGGGCGACGCGGGGAAGACGGGGUGGUUCCGGCUGCCCGCGCGGCCGCACCAGCUGCAGCGCAGCGGCCGCGACGUGUUCACCGUCCCCGACGUGCCGAGCGCGGGCGACCUGACGCACCUGAACCUGGAGGUCGGCGGCAUCGGACGGGACCUGACGUGGCGGCCGAAGCAGGUCGACGUGACGGACAAGGCGACCGGGCGGACGUACACGUUCCGGCCGGACAGGUGGCUGGACGGGGGCGACGCCGACGAGGCGCGCGGGCGGUUCCCCCUCGCGGACGGGGCGGGCGCGGAGGACCCCCUGAGCGACUACGUGUUCACCGUGUGCACGGGCGGCGCGCAGGGCGCGGGCACGCAGGCCGACGUGUGCGUGGUGAUGCGCGACGUCGACGGCCACGAGGCCGAGCCCGCGGUGCUGGACGAGCGCGGCAAGGAGUUCAAGCGCGGGUCGGAGCACGCCUUCGCGCGCCGCUGCCGGCGCCUCGGCGAGCUGCGGGAGAUCGACGUGUCGCUGCGCGCGCUCCCCGGGCAGGACGGCCCCACGUGGUUCCUGGAACGAAUCCUCAUCGAACACAAGGCGCUCGGACGGACGUAUCUGUUCCCGUGCGGGGACUGGAUCGACCGGAGCUGCGGGAUGAUGCGGCGGCUCCCGGCGAAGGACCCCGGCGCGGCGGGCGCCGGGCGCGGGCGGUACGACAUCACGGUGACCACGGGCGACGUGCACGGCGCGGGGACGGACGGCGACGUGCGCGUGGAGUUCGCGGCCGCGGACGGCGUCGCGGGCCCGUUCCUGCUCGACGAUCCCGGCGCGUCGUUCGACCGCGGGACCAGCCGGGCGUUCGAGAGGGAGGGGGCGGCGGUGGGGGACCUGACGCACUGCACGGUCGAGCUGCUCCUGCCCGCGGGGUCGUCCAAGCCGUGGUAUUUGGACAAGGUCGAGGUGCGCCACCACGCGCGGGACCGCACGUACGUGUUCCCGUGCAACGGGUGGAUCGGCCCCAACAACGACUUCCGCAUGCGGCUCUCGGCGGGCGACGGCGACGGGCCGCGGGGCGCGGCGCUGGCCGAGUACGUCGUCGCGGUCGACACCGCGGACGUCCGCGGCGCGGAGACGGACGCGUCGGUCUUCCUGGUGCUCGCUGGCGCGGACGGCAGCACGCGCCCCAUGGAGCUCGCCCAUGCGACGCCCCACGCGCGCGCGCCGUUCCGGCGCGGCGAGCAGGACGUGUUCCGGGUCCGCGGCGAGGCGGUGGGGCGCAUGGCGUCCGCGACGCUGUCGGUGGACGGCCGCGGCGCGAACCCGAACUGGUGCGUGGACCGCAUGCACGUGCGGGAGAACGUGGACGACCAGGAGGUGGACGCGGCGUGGUUCCUGUUCGAGAACCAGUGGCUCGGCCCCGCGCAUCCGCUCCGCGAGCGCACCGUCGACGCGCGCCGCGCGCCCCCGCCGGAGCCCACGACCUACCGCCUGCGCGUGGUCACCGCGGACGAGCGCUUCGCCGGGACGGACGCCGACAUCUCCGCGGACAUCCAGGGCGAGCACGGCAGCAGCGGCUUCCGCCCGCUCGUGAACGACUCGGGGAAGGACCUGUUCGAGCGCGGGUCGGUGGACGACUUUGUCAUCGGCGACGUGCGGGACCUGGGGGAGCUGCACACGCUCGUGCUGCAGUCGAACGGCCGCGGCGUGGCGGCGGACUGGCUGUUCGAGCGCGCGGAGGUGACGCACGUGCCGUCGGGCCGGACGUGGCACUUCCCCGGGCCGCGCUGGAUCGGGAGGAAGGGGGCGCUGGAGGCGCGGAUCGCGGCGGGCGAGGCGCCGCGGGCGGUGGCGAUGGUGGAGCGGGACGUGGUGCUGCACACGUCGGCCGAUCGCGGGUCCGGGACGACGUCGGCGCUGUGGGUGGCGGUCGAGGGCGCCGACGGGGCGCAGUCCGCGCGCGUGCGGCUCGAGGAGCGCCCGACGGCGUUCAAGACGGGCGACCGCGACGAGUUCCGGAUCUGGACGGAGGACGUCGGCCCCGUGCAGGCGCUCUGGGUCGGCCUCGUCGAGGGCACGGGCAACAUGGAGUGGCUGUGCGCGUACGGGGAGCUGCGGAGCGCCGGCGAGGGCGACUUCACGCAGUUCCCGUGCGGGCAGUGGCUCUCGCGGACGCGCGGCGACCGGCAGACGGCGCGCCGCCUCGUCCCCGGGCGCGUCAACGCCGGGAAGACCCACUACACGCUCGACGUGCACACGUCGGCGCUCCCGGGGGCCGGAACGUCGGGGCUGGUGUUCGCGGAGCUCGCGGGGGACCGCGGGCGCAGCGGCGAGCAGGAGCUCCUCCCGACCUCGGACGCGAAGCCGUUCCAGCCGGGCUCGGCGGACCGGGUGUUCAUGUUGGGCGACGACGUGGGCGACAUGCAGGAGCUGACCGUGCGGCUGCAGGGCGUGCCCGCGGACCCGCGCCCGGAGUGGCACCUCUCGCACGUGCGCGCGGAGCACGGCACCAGUGGCCAGGAGCGCUGGUUCGUGUUCCAGCGGUGGCUGUCGGACCGCACGGGGCUCGUGGCGACGGCGCGCCCCUCUGCGGGCCCGCCCGCGGAGCCGAAGGUGCCGGAGCUGCCGGAGUACGACGCGUGGGUGUUCACCGCGCCGGGGCACAACUCGGGGAUGGACGGGCAGGCGGCGCUGACGCUGGUGGGCGCGGCGGGGGCGCGCGGGGGGCCGCACCCGCUCAUCCCGGACCCCGGCGCGCCGCAGCCGUUCGGCGCCGGGCAGGCCGACCACUUCCGGUUCAAGCAGGAGCGCCUCGGCGAGCUGGACGCCGUCGAGCUGCACGCCACGUUCGGUCGCAUCCCGAGCUGGUGCGUGUCGAAGGUCGUGGUGCGCGACCCGGACGGAACGGAGACGACGUUUGUACCCGAGGCCGGCGGCCCCGUGUGGCUCACGAAGGACGUGCCGGGCCGGACGCUCCGACGGUUCGCGAACAAGGUGUACGAGAUGGAGACGACCACGGGCGAGCGCACGCGCGCGGGCCCGACGCAGCUCACCGUCAGCGUCGCGGGCACGCACGGCACCAUCCCUGAGCACAUCGUCGUCGACCACACCAUGGACCCGUUGCCGCACUUCCGCGCGGGACAGCCGUUCGAGUGCGAGCUCGACGCGCCCGAGGAGCCGGGGGACCUGCGGGACCUCACGCUCAAGGUCGGGGGCCGCGGCACCGAGUGGCAUCUCAACACCAUCACGCUCAAGGACAGGCUGACGGGGCAGAAGUGGUACUUCCCGUACAACGACGUGAUAUUCAUACCGCUGGACGCCCCCGAGGACACGAAGACCGUUGCUAUCCGCGCCCAGGCGAAGCCGCUCCCGCCGCUCCCGCGCCGCGAGACGCCACCGCCGCCGCAGCGCAGGGAGACGCCGCCGCCGCCGCCCGAGCCCGAGAUCGCGCCCGCGCCCGCGCCCCCCGGAAUGGACGAGAGCACGGGCCCGCAGGUGUGCGACUACAAGAUCGACGUGGUGACGGGCAUGGACCCCGACGUGCGGCAGGACGUCGCGCAGCUGUGCAAGGUCCGGGUCUUCGGCGAGGAAAAGAGCUCGGAGUGGAUCGAGCUGUCGCAGCGCACGUGCACGAACCCGAAGGUGCACGGCCUGCUGUUCAUGCCGGACGCGCGGGACGAGUUCGCCGCGCGCGACCGCGACCUGGGCCAGAUGGUGGCGCUGGAGCUGGAGAUGGACAACGGGCGCCGGGGGGUGCGGUGGCUGCUGCGGGAGAUGGUCGUUACCAACGCGACGACCGGCGCCGUCGCGCGCUUCCCGUGCGAGGCGGUGCUGCGCGCCGACAAGGGCGCGCCGCUCUCGCACCGCCUGGGCGUGGAGCCCGGGGUGAUCGACGAGGCGCCGUCGCCGCGGGCGUCGUCGUCCGGCGGCGGGUCGCACGACGAGGGCUUCCUGCGCGGCCGCAGGGGCCCCCCGGGGUACCGCGUCACCUUCUACACCUCCAAGAAGGCCUUCGCGGGAACGAGCGCGCAGGUGCACUUCGAGCUGCUCGGGGACGCGGGGAGCUCCGGGCUGGUGUUCCCGCCCGCGCGGAAGAAGUCGUUCAAGCGCGGCAAGGUGGACACGUUCGAGUACCCGGCGAUGGAGUACCUCGGCAAGAUCCGGCAGCUGCGUCUCGGGCACAACGGCAAGGGGCCGCGCCCAGGCUGGCACGUGGCGCUGGUCGAGGUCGUGCACAUUCCGACGGGGAGGAAGUUCCGCUUCCAGCCCGCGAGCGCGUGGAUCAAAAAGGCGACGAACAACCAGCUGUUCGUGUCGGCCGUGGACCCGAAGACGGGGCGCGCGCCGGUGGGGCCGCAGAUCCUGCAGACGCAGACGAUCGCGGCCAUGCCGUCGUCGCACGGCGGGACGCAGCACGGCGGCGCGGCCAGCCGGCCGGGGACGCCGCCGAGGGGGUCCGCGCCCGGGGGCCUGCGGUGA